AUGCCUCUUUUUAGUGGACGCUGUUAUAGCACCGUUAAAUUAAUUGGGAAGACGGCUAUUAUAACAGGGUGUAAUACUGGUAUUGGUAAAGAAGCAGCUAAAGAUUUUUACAAAAGAGGGGCUCGGGUAAUUAUGGCUUGUAGAAACCUUGAUAAAGCUGAGGAGGCUAAAAAUGAUAUUGAAGAAGCUUGUAAAGACUUCAAGGAUACAGGAAAACUAGUUGUGCAGCAAUGUGAUCUUUCCUCUCUGCAGUCAGUGAGAGAUUUCUCACAAAAAGUGAUUGAAAAUGAACCACAGAUAAAUAUAUUAGUGAACAAUGCAGGUAUAAUGAUGUGUCCAAAGGGAACAACUGAGGAUGGCUUUGAAAUGCAGUUUGGAACAAAUCACUUGUCUCAUUUUUUAUUAACAAUGUUAUUACUACCAAGAAUAAUUAACAGUCAACCGGCCAGAAUUGUUACAGUAUCAUCUAAAGCUCAUAUAAGAUAUGAUAUGAAUUUUGAAGAUCUAAAUUAUACGCAAAGAAAUUAUAACGCAGCUGAGGCAUAUUCACAAAGUAAAUUGGCAAAUGUUUUAUUUUCAAGGGAGUUGGCAGCUAAAUUGAAGGAGCAUAAUAUACAGGGUGUUAAUACAUACAGCCUGCAUCCCGGUUUGAUAAAAACGGAAUUAGGCAGGCAUUUGGACGAGUCAUUGUUCAGAGGGGCUCGCAGAGUUAUCGGUUUCAUUUUGAAGCCAUUUAUGAAGACGCCAGAGCUCGGGGCACAGACUACCAUUUAUUGUGCUCUUGAUGAAAAAUGUGCUGACGAAACUGGACUAUAUUACAGCGACUGUGCAGUGGUACAGCCCGACCGAAAGGCUCUAAAUGACGAAUAUGCUAAGAAGUUGUGGGAAAAAUCAAUUGAGCUGGUGAAACUCAAUUUUAAUCCUUUUACAGCUUCAGUUAACACGAAUUAA